AAUCUCAACACGCUCUAAUCCAUCCUCAUCAUCUUCCGAACUUUUGAACCCAUAUGACAACAUCAACUCUGUACUAUAUCUUGCGCAUCUGACGCGCAACUCGCAUGUUGUCAAUGAAUUGGAAGAAGACUUGGGGUAUAUGGAAAUUGAUGAACCAGAUGAUAACUUUUCUCAGAAUAGCAAUGAAAUUGACAAGGGAAACAAUUAUUAUGGCGUAGAAUCUAGUGGCAAAUCUACAAACGAUUCGCAAGUAUCGUCAGAUUAUUCUAGCAUCAAUUCGAUAUUAAGAGAGGCAUUUUUGAGACGACGUAGCUCUGCGGGUGGCUAUACAUUGUAA